GUGAUGUCAUUGACCUGCUGCCUAGGCAACAGCAAAUGAAUUAUUCACAGAAGAUAAAAGGCUCCUGCAAAAUCUUAGGGAAAAAAGAAGCACAUCUGUUAUCUCUAACAACACUCUGGCUGAGGUAUUGUAUCUUGUCUACGCUUUGAGAUGGCGUUAGCGAUGAUCUUUCAAGCGGCCGCUCUGGCAGUAUUCGGGCUGGCUCUGGCUUCAGCUCGCAGCCCCCUGGAUCCAGAGAAGGUUUCUGAAGCCGAGAUCCAGCGGCUGCUGCACGGAGUCAUGGAGCAGUUAGGUAUCGCUCGGCCCAGAGUUGAGUACCCAGCCCACCAGGCAAUGAACCUGGUCGGGCCGCAGAGCAUUGAAGGGGGUGCUCAUGAAGGAUUGCAGCACUUGGGCCCCUAUGGUAACAUCCCCAACAUUGUGGCCGAACUGACCGGGGAUAACAUACCAAAACAUUUCAAAGAAGAUCAAGGAUAUCCAGACCCACCCAACCCCUGCCCUUUGGGGCGAAAAGCCAUUGAUGGAUGCCUGGAGCUUACUCCUGACACAGCAGAAUUCAGCCGAGAAUAUCAGCUUCAUCAGCAUCUCUUUGACCCAGAACACGACUAUCCAGCCAUGGGGAAAUGGAACAAGAAUGUGAUUUAUGGAAACAUAAAGGGCGGCCCAAGAAAGCGAAGGAGUGCGAAUCCAUACCUGCGAGGACAACGGCUGGACAAUGUUGUUGCCAAGAAAUCAGUUCCUCAUUUCUCUGAAGAGGACAAAAAUAUCAAGGAAUAGAGCUCUGCCUAUCCAGCCUAAAACACACCCACAUUUGUUUCCAUGGCUUUCAUCCGACUCAGUCUUACACUGAAGUCCACAAACAAGUGGUAUCUACAGUUUUAAAAUAUUAUGGUAGAAAUAAGCUUUUGAGUUAUGUUACCGUUGCAGAGAAAGUGUUUCAGGUUUAUAUGAGAAAUGUUGUGAGAGAGUGCCUUUAUCUGUGGUCAUUUAAAUCAAGCAAGCCUCUGUAACUUGAACUGUAAUACGGUUCAUUUAAAAUCAUUAUCUUUUUUGUUCUUUAAUGAUCCAUUUGAGAAUUAAUAAAGUAUUUAAUGGCUCCGA